UGGGCUGCUUCCGACUCCACCGCCCCGGCCGUCGCGUCUGCUGCCUUGCGCCGGACGGCUCCCACGCUCGCCCAUCUCGAUCGCCACGGCGCUCGAUGUCGCUCGAGUUCAAAAAGGGAUUCCUCUCUCAGCCUGCGUCAAACACGAGCGCUGCCGCUCGCAGCGUCGGCCGCCGGAAGCAGGCGGCUGCGCCCGACGAGGCGUAUCUGCCAGCGGAGAGCUACGACCUCCUCGACGACGAGGACGGCGCCGCCGACCCGCUGGUGGCGGAGAUCGAGACGUCCGAGGCGGCCUACGAGUACAGCGUCGAGUACUGCCGCGCCCACUGCAACCAGUUCAACCAAGGUCUCAUGCGGCUCGACCCGAUGGUGAACGUCGCGUUUGCCAACGACCUGCGGGCGGUGCAGUUCAACCGCAAGAUGUGGGGGCACCACGACGGGCCCGGCCGCGGCGGCGAGCAGCGGACGAUGCUGCUGCCAAGCGGGAUCGUCCUCAAGUACCUCGAGGCGCUGACACACUCCAGCCGCUCGCCGCGGCACGAGGACGGCUUUCUGUUCGAAGGGCAGCGGCACGGAGACACCAGCCGCUCGCCGCGGCACGAGUACGGCAUCGACGCGCUGGUGGAGGACCUGCACGAGAUGGCGGUGCGGCUCUCCCUCAACGGGCGCGACUGGGGCGGCGCCUUCACGCGGCCGUGGGUGCUGUGCGGCAAGGGGAUGGGCGGGGCCGUCGCCGUCGCUUACGCGGCGCGCCACCCCGGCCGCGUGGCGGGCCUCGUGCUCUGGGACUACGACCCCGACAUGCCGACCACGCGGCUCUGCUUCUCGCCGCACCAGGCGGGCCACUUCCGCGGGCAGGCAGCCGCUCGCUGCCCUGCUGGCCGCACCGUGCUCGACGAGGAGAAGAACUUGGUCGAAGACCUGCAAAAGCUGUACGGCGGCAUCGCGGCGCACGCGGCGCGCGAGGCGGCGGGCUUCAUGGCCAAGGAGGACCCGGCGCCGCCCUCCUUUGACGAGUUCGACGACUAGGUGCCCCUCUCCGCCCUCCCAACACCUGGCCGGCGCGCGGCUACUCCCUCCGUCACGUUUAGCAUGGCGUGCGUCCAUGAGAUGUAGCUGGGCCACGGCGCGGGCGGCGCGGGGCUCCCUCGGUGCUGUCUCUACGCGCGUGUCAGCCUGUCACUCCCGGCGACGCGAUCGCACUCAAAAGUGUGAGACACACACACUCACACACUCACACACUCACCCCCUCCCCACCCCCACCGCAACGACAUACGUGUACUCAUACACCGUCACCGUUUCAGUUCUAGAAUUUGAUAUAUAC